CCUCACAUGCAGCUACAGGAGCGGGACAUGAGACCAGUCCGGUUUGCCGAUGUGUACACUCACAGACACUGGGAAGAGAUCACUGGCAGGUUUCCACAUGUGUGGAUGAAGAAGCACUGUGGCAAUCUAAAGCUGACGGCUGACUACACACCAGUUUUGGCUUGGCAUGUUCGGAUGUGACAAAGUGUAAAGCUGGUAACUGUUGGAGAAGAACAACACAGCAGAAGGCCGGAGAAACACACAACGUAACAGAGGGAGCUCCUGAAGACGGACAGAACAGAGGAAAACUGUGUGAAAGCAGGAAAGUGGAGAGAGAUAUAUUAAAGGAAAGAGAGAGGCACUAGAGAUAUUCAGAGAGAGAGAAGACAGAAGAAAAACGUGGCCAAGCAUGAGAGAGGAGGAGCAGUCUAAUGAUGACCACCCUGAGGACGAGGGGGUUUCCAGCGAGGAGAACACGGGAAGGCCACCUUCUAACGCCUGUCCUGUUGUUGUAGCAACACCGGGGGUCACCAGGCGCAAACGGCAGACGGGCUCACAAACGGAGGAUCACGUUACAACAGUUACUCCCACUACAGCAGCACAUGACGGCCAGGUGAAGCCAGCGGAGGACAUCCAGAUUUACACGCUGACUGAAGCCAAAAGACUCAAGAAGAGUCCUCAACAUCGGCCGCCUUCCUCAGGCCCAUCCCUUUCUCCUGGCCCCGGCGCUAGUCCUGGAGAUCUCUCGGCCCUUGAGGAUCCACACGGCCAGCGGGUGAUCGCCAACAUUCGGGAGCGCCAGCGGACACAAUCUCUGAACGACGCCUUUGCCUCGUUGCGUAAAAUAAUCCCAACGCUCCCGUCUGACAAACUGAGCAAGAUCCAGACCCUUAAAUUGGCAUCGCGCUACAUUGACUUUCUGUACCAGGUUCUGCAGAAUGACGAGAUGGACACUAAGCUGGCUGGAUGUAACUACCUGGCCCACGAGAGACUGAGCUACGCCUUCUCUGUGUGGAGGAUGGAGGGGGCCUGGUCGACCAUGUCUGCUGGUCACUAGCCCUGCCUAAAAGCUAGGCUUGUCUUUUGACUGUUGCCCUAAUGACAGGGAAAUGUUCUCAUUUGACACAGAGGGCUGAGGUCUGAAUUGGGUCUACCAGCGGACUUUUUAACAGGUCAUAUCAUCUGUUUGCCUCAAUGAUAAUUAAAAAAGACUGACACUUUAGCACGAGCAUUUGGACCAAGCUGCUUUUUAAGCCGCUAUCCCUUUGUCAAGUUUUCAUUGAUGUCAAGUUACGUAUCAGAUGCAUUCUUCUAAUUCUAUUGUUUUGCUUGCCAAAAGCAGCUAUUGCUGCUUAAGUGUGCCAGUGCUGGCAUUCCAAGAAAAGUAUCACAAAAGGGACAUUGUGCUCAGUGUACGAUUCCUGGCUUUUUAAAGGAAUUUCUUCAUGAUGUUUGUACUAGUAAGAUCACAAUGGAGGACAGGUGACAGAUAAAGACAUCCAGACAUCAUUUCAAUCAUUCAACAACCUGAUGGUUGAUGGUCGACCUGUCCUAAAUGUUGUUUCCACAUGACAGCACGGCUUAUUCUGCUAGAGACGUCUGAGCCCUCGGCUUUCUCGGGUUCUGAAGCUUGACCUCUGGUUUCAUCCUUAUCAUCACCCUUGGUUUUAUCACCACAACCGCCAUCUCUAUCAUCAUAACCUUUACUAUCGUCAUCAUAGGUAUGGAAACAUUUGAACUUUGUUUUCUGUGCUGCUGCAGUGUAUAAAGUUUUGUGUAAUGUACAAAGUGCAACAACUAGAGAUUGCGGAAGAGGCAUUCGAGGAAACAGAACUGGAAAAACUAAAUUUGAUUGUUUCAAGAGAGAUUGGUCCUUUGAAUUUUCCGUACCCUUUCAACUCCUACUUUUCCAAAACUCUGACGUAUCAUGAAUCUCUGACCACCUCUGAACCCAAGUGACGGUGGAAAACGUAGCUGUCCAUCCUGACUUCAGUUUCUCCUCUUUAUACCCAAACCGAGCCCCUUUGUUUCUUCUAGUGCCAAAAAAAAAAAAAAA